GACAGAAAGUUGAUUCCACAAGGAAACGAAUACUAUAUUCUGACUGUUGAUUGUGUGGGAUGAAUUCAACUUUGUUAAUGAUGACCCAAUGUUAAAACAUACACGCGAGUGUUGAGGACAAUGGCUACUAUUUCACGUACAGGACUUAUACUUCUGUGUAUCAUCACGGUUGUCUCCACGGGAGGGACGGGCAGUUUAAGACUACUGACAUACGACAACCCCACCCAGCAGCUUGCCACUGGACAAUGCUGUGAUCACUUUAUCGCCUCUAACUGUCUCAGGAACCAGUGUGACCCUAAAUUUACCGUCUGUCUGAACCAGCAGCCGGCGUCUAGUCGAUGUUCGCUGUUAAGAGAGGAAUCCUACGUUUUCAAUGACACGACCUCCGUCACAUUCACCGACCAGUUUGGACCAUCCUCACCAAACCCCUUACACUUCAGCUUUACUUCCUGGAAGACUGGAUUCAUUAUUUCCGUGACAGUUACGGACUUUGACAAUGUUGGAACUUCAGACACCAUGGAUAUAAUGGUCCAAUCGGAGAAUGUCAACUUAGCUGGCGGGCCUGUAGACAAUGGUCUAAGUCUCCGGGGAUCAAAGGGAAGGUUACGACUGGAGUAUAAACUGGAGUGUGAUCCUGGGUUCUACGGUGAUUGUUCACUAAGCUGUACAGUGAAAAACAACUCCUACUGUAGUCCGUCUGGGACUCUCGUUUGUGUUCCGGGUUUUACCGGCAGAUAUUGUGACACGGACAUAGACGACUGUCAGAGUAAUCCGUGUAUUAAUGGGGGUACAUGUCGAGAUGGAAACAACAGCUUUACCUGUAUGUGUCCUCAAGGCCGAGCAGGGCCUCUCUGUAACGUCGCUGUAUCUACAACCCAAGUAACAACAACACCUACUACUCACGUGAUGAUCACCAGUUCCACGGCCUCAACUACAUCAACAACGGUCAGCAACCACAGCGACGUCACGUCAACACCUUCAGUAACCACUUUACAGUCAACAUCGGUGAUAACGUCUGAUUCACCUUCUGUUUCGUCUCCACUGACGUCAUCUGUACCGACCUCGGCAUACCAGACUAACUCAACUGCUAUGACAUCGAUUUCCACUAAACCGACCAAUGGAUCCUCAAGUCAAUACAUGCAUGCUGACCCAGCGGUGACAGGGAAUGAUGACAAUACCGGAGCCGUAGUAGGCGGGGUAGUUGGCGGACUGAUGGUCCUGUUAAUGGUGUUGCUGACCGCAGGGUACUUCAUCAGGAAAUAUGUCAUCAAAAAGAAAACGACCAUCGGUACCGAUCGGACAUCAUCUACUGAUCAACUGACAAGGGAAAGUUUGGCAGUAGCAGCUUCACCUCCAAUCGGCACUGCUCUGAGUGGUCAACAACAGGCGUGAUUACAACAGCAAGAUGGAAAUCUUAGUUAUGUCAUAUAGAUGCUUUGCUGUUGGAAUGCUUUUUAACUGUGACAAGUACUGUAUACAUCAGACGAAUUCAAUAACACUAUGGACAGUGCUUUUUGAAGGAGAUUGGGUGGUUUUUUUUGUUGUUUUUUUUAAACAUUUAACCAAAUUUUUGUAUAUUUUAGUAAACGUUUUACUAAUAUAACAUUUCUUGUUUUCAAAGUAAAAGGAAAGCUGAUUCACCAUUAAACAAUAUGUGAUUGUU